AUGAUCAUAAGGUACAUCUUUAUAUUCACUGGAUUGGUAUUGGUGGCAUCGAAGGUGUCAACUGAUCUCUUCUUUCUUCUCUUUACGAGUUAUGGAGUUUGCUCCAUUUCGUUUUCAUUGAUCAAGGUAAGUUAAUUUUUUUUGUUUUUGUGUAUUUUUGGGGUGGGCGAGUGUAGGAUAUGCCGGGCGGGUAGUUUUGGGGUGGGAAAAGGAGGGAGGGGAGGAUGAUGAAUUUUUUCUAAAAUUUUUUGAAGACAUGGAUGGAGGAGUAAAAUUUGAAGAUUUGGAUGGAGGGGUAAAAAGUAAAACAUUUGAUUAGAAAAUUUUUUUUGUUUGGUAUAGACUUGAAAGAGGCCAAAUAGGCCUAGACCGGACUGGAAAAUUGGGCCCGGCUCUUUUACGGGCCUAGUUUGGUAUGGUUGAGGGAUGGAAGAGGAGAAGAGUCAGUCUUGGGUAGGAUAUGAUAGGAUUUAAUAGAAAAGGCAAUGUUAAGUAAAACCCUAUCCUACUUUACUCCAAACUAUUUUACUUAACCUACUCUACAUUGCUAUACUUUUUUCUUCCUUACUAUACCAUCACUUAACUUUAUUUGUUGCCUAAUCGACCGUAACUUUUCAUAAUACUGUAUACUUUCAGUUACUCUGCUUCUCCGAAUGGCCGAAUCAGCUGUAUUUUGUUGGCGUCUGGUUGAGCAUAAUAUGGAAUGUUUUUGGCUCGGUCCUAUCAGUGGCUGCUUAUCACUUUUUGAUUAAAAAACGAAUGUUUCAAGUGGACUACGAACGAAUGGACGAAGAAAACACGAAUCAAGAAGAUCAAAGUGAUGAAUCGAAUGAUGGAACUGAUAAGCCAGAACCAGUUACCAGGAAGUCUGUCAUGGCACACGUCAAGUUCUUACUCAAGUAUGCUGCACAAUUUUGGAGGUGGUUCAGUGUGGCUUGCGUUUUUCUGGUCAUCUAUUCUUCUGGUAUGUUAUUGUAGGAGUAAGAUGGAUGUUAAUAUAACAGAGAGGGGGGUGGAGGACAGAUAUUUUAUUAAUAGACGUAUUUUUUUAUAGAAUCAUUGAGGAUAUAUAACAGUUUUUAAGGAUAAUUUAUGCGAACUGGAUAGCAGAAGCCGUAUUUUACAAAAUUAAAAAAUGUUUUAAAAUAUUUUAGCGCGAAUCUUCAUUCCGUACUACACUGGACAAGUCAUUGCUACUAUUGUACACCCAGAUGAAGAAACGAGAAAGGUCUUUUAUUCUUUGGUCUUCAAGAUGUGCAUACUUAUGGUCAUAUCGUAAGGAGUCUUAUUUUAUAUUUGGUUUAUUUCUCCUCCUAGUUUUGCUCUACUUCAACACAUGGGUUAGUGACUUUUCGGGGAAUGCAUUUUCGGGGAAGACUUUUCGGGGAAAGACUUUUCGGGGGAUGGACUCUUCGGGGAAUGCAUUUUCGGGGAAUGUACCCUUCGGGGAAUGAACUUUUCGGGGAAUAAUUUUUUUAAAUUUUAAAUUUAAAAAUAUGUUAUAAAGUUUGUAAAAAUAGAUUUAAAUUUAAUUAUAAAAGUUUCUAGAUUAAAAUUUUAAUAUGACCGAAUCACAUUACACUCCCUGACUGAAUCACAUGUGCCUUUAUUAAGUAUCGUUAACGUUGUCAUCGUACCGUGAGCGUUCCUUUGACACUUUUUUGUAUGCUUUUAAUGUUAGGUCGCAUGCUAGGUAGAGUACUGUGAAAGUUAUUGUACCGUGCCGUGAACAUUCUAAUGUUACAGCUUUUUUUUGGUUCGCAAAAAAAUCUGAUAGUAAAUUAUAAUCGUACUUCAAAAAUAGUAACAUUUGAACGUUCACGGCACGGUACGAUUUUCACAGUACUCUACCUAGCAUGCGGCCUUACAUUUACAUCCUACAGUGUAAAAAGUAUUCAAAAAGUGUCAUAGGAACGUUCAUGGUACGAUGUCAACGUUAACGAUGCUUAAUAAAGGCACAUGUGAUUCAGUCAGGGAGUGUAAUGUGAUUCGGUCAUAUUGAAAUUUUUACAUUAUUUAAAAAGAUUGAUAAAAUUAAAAAUUUAGAAAAAAAAAUUAAAUUUUACUCUAGGGCUUCUUUUUUAAAAAAUUAUUUUUUUUACCCUUUUACAUCUUACAAACUUUUAAAUCACAUUUACUUUACAAUUGAUAAAAUAAUAUAUUGAUUAAUAUGCUUGGAAUUUUUAAUUUUUCGUAAUUUAUAGUUUUAAAAUUUUAAUCUAGAAACUUUUAUAAUUAAAUUUAAAUCUAUUUUUACUAACUUUAUAACAUAUUUUUAAAUUUAAAAUUAAAAAAAAUUAUUUCUCGAAAAGUUCAUUCCCCGAAGGGUACAUUCUCCGAAAAUGCAUUCCCCGAAGAGUCCAUCCCCCGAAAGGUCCAUUCCCCGAAAAGUCUUUCCCCGAAAAGUCUUCCCCGAAAAUGCAUUCCCCGAAACUGCAUUCCCCGAAAACUCCCGCUCCCUGAACACAUAGCCUUGACCACAUCCCUAUGUUUAGCUUUGGCCCUACCUUUAUCUUUAAUAUUGGUCUUAUUCUGGGCUUUGGCUUCACUCUUGGCUUUACCAUUAGCCUUGUUUCUACCUCUAACCUUGGCUCGACCUCUACCCUUAAUCUUGUUUUUGCUCUUACCUUAGUAUUGGCUCUAUUCUUAGCCUUGGUUCUACUCCUACUUCGAGCCUUGACUUUAAGUUUAGCCUUGGCUCUACCCUGAUUCUGGGCUCUACUUUUAGCCUUACUCAUGUCUUGAAUCUGGGCCUUACUCUUAGCCUUGGCCUCAACCUUAGCUUUCUCACUAAUCUUGGCAUUAGUUCUACCUAUACCCUUGGUUCUACCCUUAGCUUUGACCUUAUGCUGAGCAUUGGCCCUUCACUCAGUCUUGGCUCUACUUUUGGUCUUGGCCUUACCUUUGUCUUUACUUUUGGCUUUACCUAGACAUGAGCAACGGGCCGGGCCUGAAAGUUAGGCCAUAAAAACUUUAUCAAUUUUAGUACAAUAUGUGCCGGUCUUCGUGGAGCCUCAUUCUCAUGGGGUGGAGCACUUGUUAAUCGUACAAUGCGCAAAGACCUCUUCAAUUCCCUGGUAAAGCAAGAAAUAGCCUUUUUUGACAAACUUCAAACUGGUGCUGUUCUUUCUCGGCUCACAACGGAUUGCCAAACUGUGACUUCAAUCCUGGAGUUGAAUAUCAACUUGUUCAUGAGGAAUACCGUAAUGUUGGUGGGAAGUUUGGUUUUUAUGAUGAAUUUGUCAUGGAGAUUGACUGUCGUGACGUUCAUUGUGAUACCGCCAAUUGGAGUUUUCACCAAACUUUAUGGACAAUACUAUGAUGUAAGUGGGAGGGGUAUAGUUUAUAUGCGAUGCGGUUUUUAAGACUGUAUUAGGAUGUAUAUUAACAUAGGUAGGAGAGUGUGCCAGUUUAUUUACCAUUAUAGUUAUAACGUUAUUGAUGCUUUUCAGAAACUGACAGAAUCUUUCCAAACCACAUUGGCUGAAGCAAACAGAACAGCUGAAGAAUGCCUUGGGACGAUGAGAACAGUUCGAGCAUUCGCUUGUGAACGUGAAGAAGCGACCAGAUUUGAUGACAAAUUGGUCGAAACUCUGGGCAUUAUGAAGGUAACGCAUGAUAUAUGUUAAUGUAGGCAGUAUGAAUUAUAAAAUAAUAUAUGUUAACAUAGGGAUAACAAACUGGAUUUUGACAAAAAAAUUCAAAUUUUAAAAUCUUUUGGUCAUUUCCAGAAGAAAACCUUAGCCUUCAUGGGUUACGCCUGGUUGAACGAGCUCUCCGAGAACAUUGUCUUGAUUUCCGUACUUGUCUAUGCUGGACACUUGGCCAUGAAUGGGCUUUUGAGCAUCGAACAAAUCACUUCAUUCCUGCUUUAUCAACUACAACUUGGAGAGACUUUUUAUGUAAGUGUAACAUAUAUUUAAAGUUAAAAAAUUGGGCGGGGUAAAUUAGGGUGGAUAAAAAAAAAUUUUGGUUUGUAAAAAUUUUUAUAACGAUUAAAAUUGAAUAUUUCAGAACCUUCACUGCGUGUUUUCUUAAAACAUUUGGGCGGGGUAAAUUAGGGGUGGAUUAAAAAAAUUUUUGACUUUUUGAUUUUGAACUUUGCAAAAUUGGGUUUUUCAGAACCUAAACUACGUGUUUUCUGGCCUGAUGGAAAGUGUAGGAGCCUCGAGAAAGGUGUUUGAAUACAUGCACAAAGAGCCUGAAAUAGCAUACAAUGGUACCAUUCAGAAGCCAGUCGAAGGCAGUAUCAAGUUCGAAGAUGUCAGCUUUUCUUAUCCUACUAGGCCAAAUUCUGAAGUUUUGAAGGUGGGUUUUGACAUGAAUUUAUUAUUUUUUUAUUCCUUGAUUCAGUGGAAAAAAGGAGGGUAAGGUGAGGGCAGGGUAGGGUAGAAUAGGGUAUGGUUGGGCAGGGUAUGGUAAGAUAGGGUAGCGUAGUUUACGGUAAAGUAGGGUAGAUUAAGAUAAAGUAGGGUAGAGUAAGGCAGGGCAAAGCAAACAAAAACUAAUUUUUCCAAUUUCAGUCCCUAAACAUGACAAUAAACCCAGGAGAAACCUGCGCGUUAGUAGGACCAUCUGGAGCCGGCAAAUCCUCAAUCAUCGCCCUACUAGAAUAUUUUUAUGAAAUCGGAAAAGGCCGCAUAACCCUUGAUGGUGUUGAUAUCAAAGACUAUGCUCAUCGCUUCUAUCAUCAACAAGUGUCAUUGGUCAGCCAGGAACCAACUUUGUAUUCAGGAUCAAUUCGCUACAAUAUUCUCUAUGGCUGCGAGGAAUGGGCUACUGAUACGGACAUGAUUGAAGCUGCCAAACUGGCUAAUGCUCAUGAUUUCAUCUCGGAAUUGGACGAAGGUUACGAUACAAAAUGUGGCGAGAAGGGUGUUCAGAUGAGCGGUAAGUUUUUUCAAUUUCAAAAUGGCUUUUGGGUGCUUUGUGAUGAAUUAUGGAUAUUUUUUUAGAUUUUUUAUCAGGAUUUUAUGCUAACUUAUGAUGACAUAGAAAUAAAAUUGUAAAAAACCCGAAAAAGUGUAGCAUAGUUACUACAACACCGUGUCCACUAAUACAAACAACGUUGCCAUCAAAGAACCGCUAUAGUAAUAUGGCCGGGACUUGAAACCGUUACCGUUGAAGCGAGUAACGCCUUUGAUUAACCCGGCGGACUCGAUCCCGCACGCUUUUGAGCAAGAAGAAAGCGCGCUAGCCACUGAGCUACGCAAACACUUGUCUUUUUUGAUUGAAAUAAGGGAAGAGGGAGGGGUGUUUGGGGAAAAAUGUUUUUGAAGGGAAAGAAGGUUAUAUUAAGGACAAACUGGGUUGUUGUGGAUUAAAAAUAUAGCUUUUUAUUUAAUUGUAGUUAUUUAAUAAAUUUUUGCUAUAGUAGGGACAAGAUGAUAUUUUAAAGUUUUCAAAUUUCAAAUUUUAGAUAUUGCGAUCGCUUUUUAGCCAAUCUAAUUUUAAAUUUAUUAUUGUUUAAUAAAUUAAAGUUUUUAAAAUAUUUGAAAUAAGAUUUUAUAAAAUUUUUGGUAUUAACUUUCCUUUUACAGGCGGCCAAAAGCAACGUAUAGCAAUUGCCCGUGCCCUGAUCAGAAAACCAGCUGUCCUGAUCCUAGACGAAGCCACAUCAGCAUUAGACGCGGAAUCCGAAUACAUUAUUCAAAAAGCACUGAAUCAAUGCUCAGUUGGACGUACUGUGAUCGUGAUUGCUCACAGAUUGAGUACGGUAGAAAAGGCGGACCGAAUCUUUGUCAUCAAAAAAGGACAGGUCAUUCAAGAAGGCAACCAUCAAAGCUUGAUGGCUGUUGAUGGUGUAUAUAAACAACUGGUCAGGCGGCAGUUAUUGAAUAAAGAAAAAGAAGAUGGUAAAGACGGGUCAGGUGAAGAUGCGGAUGUCACACCGGCUUCUACUACUGCUGAUCUUCAAAACGAAGAUUUGAGUAGUGAAAAUAAGGCUGGUGAGAAGAAAGAGUAA